AUGCUCCAUGCAAUCUUUUACGCCCGCUUCCACCCUCUCCGUGGUCCCUCCAUAAUCCACCAAUACCCACCAACCUCCAUCCUCCCACCGCCGUCCUCUAAUGCAGUCCCUCUAAUCAGCUGGUCAGACCUCUCGGCCUACAUCAUCCCACCAUACCCACUCUGCAACCAGCCCCUCUCCAUCCUCUCCGACUMAGUCCGCGUUCUAGGCUUUCCCAUCUCCCUCGAAGACCCCGAAUAUGACCGCAACCGCUUCACAUUCAACAUCUGCUUCGUAGUCUCCGCUUCCGACAAGGCCGGAACGUGGGAAGGUUUGGUCCGCAAGACGGCGCGAUUCUUCGAAUCGAUUGAGCGAGAGGAUUGCGUGCUGCAAAUUGAAGAGGAUUUGAAGGGACUGAAACUUGCUGGAGAGGAAGGAUAUCCCRAAAAGGGCGUCGGGACGGUCGCGUAUCUUUUGGAGAGAGUUUGGGAGGAUUUGAGGGGUUUGGGGGAGUGUUGUGUACAAUUGCCGGGAUAUGGGACUGGGACUUUGAAUUUGAGGGUUGAGGAGGAGUUGGAUGAGGAGAAGGAGGAUUGUAGAGGUGUUAGGGUGAGGAGUUGGGAUGUUCCGGUCUUGAUUCGGGGACUGCCGGUUAGGGAGGAGUGGACGAGGGACUUGACGUUGGAGAGGGUCGGGGAGUGGGUUGAUGGUGUGAGACAUGUGGGGAGGAUUGCGGAAUUGGCGGACGUCGAGGUCAAGCUUGUGAAGAGGUGUGUGAGGGAGUUGGUGGUGUUGAAGAGGGCGAUGGUGUUGGACAUAUUCCACUUUGGAGCCAUCUAUACUUGCACCAAAGACGUGGUGGAUUUUGUUCGGGAUGAGGACUUGCAGGAGGAAUGCAGAGCCUACGUCGCUAUUGUUUCCAAGGAUGAGAAUGAUGGGCAAAAUCUACCGAACAAGGAGACUUUGAUAGAGCUCUACACCUCCCUACAGCCUGGUCUCCAGCUCCGCGACUUCUGCCUCGAGCAUGAAAGCUCAUUGCAUAACAUCGACACCCGCCGCCUUAUAACAUUCGGCAUUAUCAAAGGCUUCCUCCGCAGAAUCCACAAAUUCGCCGUCGCGACCGACAAUAACUCCCCGCUUCCCAGUGGAGGCAAGAAACUCCGCUCUUCAAAUUCCCAUCCCUCAGGCGACGAAGCUGCGCGAGAAAUGGAUCGUGCCUGGCGAAAAGCCGCAAUGAGUUCGGGAUGGGCAACUCCACCGCAGAAUCCCACGCCGAAGUCCGGAAGUGGGAGUCUUGUGGGGAGUAGGAGGAACGAAGCGGACGUUAUGAGAGRGAGGGUCAUGUUCUAUUUAGAUGGAGGUUCGCCAUUGGACCGAGCUUGUGUGGAAUUGGGCGUUGGCGAGAAGGGAUUUCUGGAGAAAGUAAGGGGCGGAAGGUGUGGGGAGGUGGUGCUGUUUAAUAAGUGA